CUGGGUAGACCCUCUAUAAAUAACCCCCCUCUCUCUCUCUCUCGCAUUUAUUUUAUUUUCGUGAGAGACUCAAUUCGUUUUCCCUCGCUCUUCUUCUUCUUGCUUACCGGAAAAGACUUAUCUCCGACGACUACGGACCUUCCUCCCUCUCUCUCGCUCUAGUAAUUCCGACGCCUUAGGGCUCGUGAUAAUGGCUACCUUUGGCGCAACGGCUUCCGCAAACGCUAACCCUAACAAAUCCUAUGAGGUUACUCCAUCACCUGCAGAUUCUAUCUCGAGCUUGAGUUUUAGUCCAAGAUCCGAUAUUCUUGUCGCCACUUCUUGGGACAAUCAGGUGAGGUGCUGGGACAUAACUCGUAGUGGACACUCUGUAGCCAGUGCUCCCAAGGCAUCUAUCUCUCAUGAUCAGCCGGUUUUGUGCUCUGCUUGGAAAGAUGAUGGAACCACUGUCUUUAGUGGAGGAUGUGAUAAGCAAGCCAAGAUGUGGCCCUUGUUGUCCGGUGGUCAACCUACAACUGUUGCUAUGCACGAUGCUCCUAUUGUUGAUAUGGCCUGGAUCCCCGGAAUGAAUCUCCUCGUAACCGGAAGCUGGGAUAAAACGUUGAAAUAUUGGGACACAAGGCAGCAAAAUCCUGUCCAUACACAGCAGCUUCCAGAUAAAUGCUAUUCAUUGUCUGUGAGGCAUCCUCUCUUGGUUGUUGGAACUGCUGAUAGGAAUCUGAUUGUCUUCAACUUGCAAAAUCCUCAGACCGAGUUCAAGAGAAUCGUGUCACCACUGAAGUACCAGACGAGGUGUGUUACUGCCUUCCCUGAUCAGCAAGGAUUUCUGGUUGGUUCAGUUGAGGGGCGGGUUGGUGUCCACCAUCUGGAUGAUUCUCAACAGAGCAAAAACUUCACAUUCAAAUGCCACAGAGAUGACAAAGAGAUCAAUUCUGUCAAUGCUAUGAACUUCCACCCGGUACAUGGCACUUUUGCAACUGCUGGCUCCGAUGGGGCUUUCCAUUUCUGGGACAAGGAUAACAAACAAAGACUCAAGGCCAUGUCAAGGUGCAAUCAGCCGAUUACUUGUAGUUCGUUUAACCACGAUGGGUCGAUGUAUGCGUAUGCGUCGUGCUAUGACUGGGGAAAAGGUGCAGAGAAUCACAACCCGGCGACUGCGAAAAGCAGCAUCUUCGUGCACAUUCCAGAGGAAAUCGACGUUAAGCCGAAGCCAAAAGUAGCAACCAGCAGGAGAUGAGAUUUGAUGAUUGCUUUUUAGUGUGACUUCUUCUUCCCUUUAGUGGAUGGUGUUUUUAGCUUUCUUCAUAUCGUUUCGGUCUUAAACAUGUAUUGUUUUUUUUGUCUAAGUACUACACUCUGAAACAUAAUGAAAAACAUUAUUCCUCCUAUAAUGCAUAUCUCCUUAUUCUACAA